AUGGCACGUUCAAAGAAAACAACAAUGAGGGAGAUUGAAGAUAUUUUAGAGAAUUGGAGCGAUGACGAAAAUCCGGUUCAGUGUGUCAACGUACUCCCACCCAAUGUACAUGAACUAUCCGAUGAAGAAUUAAUCGACGAGAAUACAAUCGCAAUUCAUGAAGAUCAAACUGCUUUGACUGAGAUUGCCGGCUAUUUAGAAAUUGAGAGAGAGCGAAACAUUCAUAUGGAUAUUGCUUAUGAAGAGGUUGUCGAAACUCAACCGGAGGCUUUGCCAUCAACUUCCAAAUCGGAUGCUGAGUGGACUGGUCCACCUCAAAAGAAACCGAGAGUCAGCUACAAGCCAGUGAGUUCAUUUGGAACUCCAAAAUGGUCCAGGAACAAAGGAAAGGAGGAGUUUCAUUACGAUAUAUCGCCUCAGGCAGCUCCGUUGACCGGUAUGCAGAAAGGUGUGCGUGAGUUACUAAAGGAUCUGUCACCAAUACAAUUAUUCUCAAAGUUUUAUGAUGGGGAGGUGUUGAAUUAUAUCAUAACUGAGACUAACCGAUUUGCGGCCCAGAACAAAGCUGGUUUUCAUUUGGACGUGGUUAUAUUGAAAAGAUUUUUGGGGAUUUUACUGAUAUCGGGCUACCACACUUUGCCUUCAAUUGAGGAUUAUUGGUCUUCGCAGCUGUCAAUGGGAAUUGCAAUAGUACAACAGGCAAUGUCCAGAGCUACGUUCAUGCAUGUGAAGAGAUACAUCAAUUUUGCGAAUAAUGAUGAAUUAGAUGUUAAUGAUAUGAUGGCCAAGGUACUAUGUAUACAUUAUUACACUAUCGUUAUUUAA